AUGAUCCCUGUAUCGCUUGGACCACUGGAUUUUUCCCCGGAGCCUGAUCUUCAUCCUUUGUAUCCGAGUUCAAUACCCUCCCAAAAGUCUGAACUGGUAUCCCAUUCACUGUCACGAGCAUGCGUAUUCGGGGAUCUAUCUCUUCUCCAAUAUCUUCUGUCUGACCAUCAAUCACAACUUUAUAUCGACCUCAGCGCACGCGACGAAGACGGGCUUAGUUUGAUCAGUCUUGCAAUCCUAGGUUUCGGGUCUGAAUCGGAAAGAGAUGUCGAACGUGAAGAGUGUGUUCGGCUGCUGAUUGCACAAGGAGCUGAUGCUACCUGUGCUGAUAAAGCCGGCUGGACUGCCCUGCAUCACGCUGCAAUUCUUUGCCCCCCAACUCUGGUCUCCCAUUUGAUGACACAUGGAUGCUCCCCUUUCGCAGAGACACGUCGACGGCUGACACCGCUCGAUAUAGUGACUGCUCACACUGUUCUGCCAGGGCGUGAUGACAUUGCGCUGUUGCUCGAAGAAGCAAUGCGGAGCCAAGGGUGGAUGGGAGGCAGGAUGGAGGAGAAGCGUAGAGCGUUGGACGAGCAGCUCAAACGUAAAGGAAGACAGAAAAGUGUACGCGAGAAUGUCUCAAAAGUGCUUGGCCUACAGAAUCAAUGGUGGAAUUCCCAUGAGGAAGAUGAAGGCUUCUCUUCGGAUGACGAGGAUGACGAGGAUGAUCAAUUUGACGAAGAACUGUAUUUAUCACGACCCUCCCAUACUUCUGUUCGGAAUUCUCAACCUGCCAUUACUUUAUACCUUAUGGCGCGUUUUGCAUGCUUAACAUGCGAUCAAACAUGGCUUGAAGAUCUUGUAUUAGGAGCGACAGAUGCAAUCGAAGAGAAGUUCUUUAGCCGUUCAGAAGAUAUCACUUGUCUUGUAUUUUGUUUAUACAACGCCACCAUAUGGUUGCACCUCAUGCAAUGCGACAACGCCAUAAACGAGGGUUGUGAAAUGCUGGGCUCAUUCGAGCUCCUCGAGCAAGUGAUCAACUCUGUGUUUGAUCAAUUACUGGACGCAGCGAUACUGGACAGUUCGCCCGUGGCGUCGGAAUUUGAAUCCGUGCAGUUCGAAUCGGAGUGGUCAUUCUUGAGGCCGUUUAGCGCCAAGAAGAAGAGUACAACAAAUACUCCAAAUCAUGGGACACCCAAGAGUAGCACACCAUCUUCACCUCCUUUUCUACCGAGUCGUCCACCAUCUCCGUCUCCCUUGUUACUCGGUCCCGCGCCUGUCCCAGCUAAAGGAUUGUCAUCGUUGAGACAAACCCUUUCACGCGCAAAAACACCUUCAACAGCGUUCAACACGCAUUCUGACGUCCCAAAAACUACAGGAUUGCGGGACCUGACUUCAUUCUUGACGGCGCUACAUACACUUUUAACCCUAUCGGACGUCAAUCCUGUGCUAAUGAUUCAAUUUUGGUCUCAAGUGAUGUACUGGACUUCGUGUGAAAUAUUCAAUCGAAUUCUGACCAGGAAAAAGUACCUCUGCCGGUCUAAAGCGGUACAGAUCGGCAUGAAUCUAGUUGUGUUGGAAGAGUGGAUAGAGGAUAUGGGUCUACCUCGUGGAAUUGCAUCCCAUCUUACACCUGUACGGGACUUACUGAAUUGGCUUCAGUGCCUGUCGUCAAUUACGGAUUUUUCCAAUCUGGUGGCUACCAUACAGACAAUGAAGAGCAUUAACCCAUUGCAAAUGCGACGUGCUGUGCGAGAUUACAAAUAUGAAGUUCAUGAGGGGAGGAUGACAGACGAGUGCAUUCAGUAUCUGACGCAGCUUCAAAAGGACUGGGAACGCCAUCGUGUUAAGAUGGGUGUUGAGGCCCUGCGCAAGGAGAUGGGCGAGCGUGAGCGGGAACGUGAGCUUGAAGAUGGCAUGGCGAGCGAAGCUAAUGCAAGCUUUAACGCAUCUUCAGAAACAUUUGUCGCCCAGCAUAGCAUCGACAACUUGUUCGAUCGUUCGCACUCACAAUCUGAAUGGGAACCAGCCAAAGCACCCCAAGUUCUAGGGGAGCUUCUAGAUUCUCGUCAUAUGCUGCCUCUUUUCCUUCCGUCAGAUCCUCGUGUGCUUUCUGCGACUCCCGAAAAACGAGUAUUCAGCGGAUACUGUGAACGAGCAGGUGCGCGAACCGCGGCCCACGCUCGGAACGCCAGUCAAGCAAGCACUCUCGAUGGAGGGGCAAUGAAGUGGAGAUGUCGCAGUCGAAGGGUGCGAAAUGUCGAUUUCGAAACACUGCAGUGGGUCGACAGGUUCAGGACUAAACCGCAGACAUUCCAACUGCACAUGCAUGGAGAAGAGUACGAAGAGACCUACCCGUCCACGCCAUUAUCCGAUGCCAUAGAUGACUUGCGCAUCAACACUGAUGUUCCCCACACCGUAUUGCACGGCACCCCACUUACCAAGAGACCAUCAGCCCGUAGCAGAGGGCGUCUCAGUCUUAUUGGGGACCCUGUCAUACCAAUUACUUUAUGA